AUGUCGAAUGAAACAGCUCGGCAUUCAACCAUUGCCCGCAUUCAAGGCAUCAACAAGGUCCCUGGCGUCACUCAAUAUCUAGGCAUCCAGUAUGCUACAUUGAAGGACCGCUUUUCCCGGGGAGAGCUAAUCCAGUCAUAUGCUCAAGAUAGAAUUCUCGAUGCUAGAAAAUUGGGGCCGUUACCCCUGAGCCCAGAAAAUGGUUGUGAAUGGGAGCAGAAGUUGCUUCAACACACACUUGAGUUUCCGGAAUAUCCACAAUCCGAUACCGAGUGCUUAACUCUUAACAUUGCAGUUCCUGAUAUCAAAAAGCCCAGCGCUCUGCCAAUCUUGUUAUUAGUUCAUGGCGGUGCUUUUGCUACUGGAAGUAGUUCGUAUCCGCAGUAUGAUCUCGCGCGGAUUACCAAACUUAGCUUGGAUCAGGAGAGACCAAUGGUUGUGGUGGGAAUCAAUUAUCGACUUGGAGUUCCAGGCUUCCUCACCUCCUCGGCCAUGAGAGCUGCCGGAUAUAAGCCAAAUAAUGGCUUAGAUGAUCAGAAACUCGCAUUCCGUUGGAUCAAGCGUCACAUCAGCAGUUUCAGUGGAGACCCUGGCAGGAUUACCUUUAUUGGAGAAAGCGCAGGAGGUGCAUCUGGAUGCUUCCAUCUCCACUCCGAUGAGCCCCUAUUUCAUCGACUUAUCUCGAUGAGCGGAACAUCUCUGCUUCGUGCGCGCCGUCCGGAGUUAUUGGAGAAGUCAUUUAGCAGAAUUGUCGACAUCUUUGGGUGGAAUAAUCUUUCGCCGGGAGAACAAGUGCAGGAGCUGCUAGAUUUGCCGAUGGAUGAACUGAGAGCCAAAGUUGGCCGUCAAAUUCCCAUUGGGCCAAUGGUAGAUGGCGACAUUAUCCCCGAGAUUACAACGUUCCAAACUCUGGCGAACGAUGCCGAAGUCAAGAGGGUCUUCCCGGGGAUUGAGCAUUGUAAGAAAAUCAUUAUGGGCGAUUGCCAAAUGGACGCCAUGGCCCUUGCUCCCCGUCUGGUAGCCCGUACGGACAUCCUUUCCCAGACGUUCGUCAACUGUCUAUCCACUGUCUUUGAUAGUGUGGAUACUAGCAUCGCACACAAAAUCGCCCGGGCAUAUGGGCUCGACCCAACUUCCCACUCCAACGAUACCGAAUCCAAGCAAAAUAUUUUGGAGUUCGGGAACGACAUUUGUUUCGCCGCGGCAGCUCGAUCCUUUGCAAAGGCGUGGAGCGCGUCAUCGGUACCGGAUACCGAAUCCCUUCUGUACAUGUUCAAUUGUCGCAAUCCGUGGGAAGGCCCCUGGAAGGGUCAUGCCACGCAUAUUCUGGAUAUUGCGUUCGUGUUGAUGAACUAUGCGGAGUAUACUGACAAGGGUCAGCAAUGCGCCGCGGAGCGCUUUGCUGAGGAUAUCAUCAGCUUCGUCAAUGGAGAAAGGCCAUGGGAGCGGUAUCAACACGAUAAUGCAGAGGGUUCGAUGGUUUAUGAUGCUCCAAUGGAAGGGGCCGAAGACUUGUCAAGGUUUGUGAAGGAUGGUACAUCGUCCAGUACAGGAAGAAGGAAUUUCCUGCAGAAAAUAGUCCCGCCAGAGUUGUUUGAUCGGUUGAUGGAUGCCUGGCAGAUGUUCAUGGCUGGUCCUUGA